AUGUUGGCCAGCGGUGCCACAGCGUCAAGGGUUAGAGAGCACAAGGAAACUACAAAUAGUACUAGUAAUAUCGAUCGCCAAUAUCAGCAACAACAACAACAUCCGCAGCAUCACGAACACCAUCAUAAUAUGAAUACACAGAAACAAUCACAACAAUCCUCGAAAUCACGAUUAUUGUCCUCCUCAAUAAUAACUACCUCCUCCACAACCUGCGACCAGGGCAGUACCAGUAGUAGUAGUGGUAAUAUGAGUAGUGGUAGACGUAUUAAAUUAAGUCAUGCACGUUUCUCUCAUAUCGAUCCCAUUCUAUCACCCACGUCACCACAAUCACCCCUGCCAUCACAGAGAUCAUUAUCACAGCAUCAGCAACUGCCACCACCCGCCACACUGUCAUCAUUGUCCCCGACACAACAACAAUCGCAACAACCAUCCAGUGCAUCGACAGAUGUGGCAACACUGUUGCCGAUGCAAGAUAAAACGGAUAUAUUCCAUUUGCAUCAUUCAUCAUCCAACAAUGAUCAACAAAUACAUUCCUCCUCCACCACCAACACAUCGUCCGCCCAUAAUUCGUCGUCGACGUCGUCACAUCAUAACAAACAACAACAACAAUCAUCACAUAGUAGUCAGCAACAACAACAGCAACAUUAUCAAAUGCUCAGAGGUCGCCAUAAAGACACAUCCGAUACAAAUACGAAGACCGAUUAUGCCACAUCUUCCUUCACGAACAUGGAUGAUCUAACGAAUGCCAUACGCAAUAAAGUCAUUGUCGAAGAGGACGAAGAGGACAUAUUGAGCAGUGAUAAUACAUAUUUAUAUUAA